UUGGAGUGCUUCUUUCUCUCUCUUCUUCUUUCUAUGAAACUUUUGUAAGCUCCGAGUUUCAUCCUGCGUGGAUUACAGGUUUCUGCAAAUUUGUAGGCUACAUCGCGGAAUCGCCAUUAAAGGGCUAAAGCUUGCAUUCCUCAGCCUUUUCCCGUAGCUGAAGGUUACAAUUCUUGUUCUGAACCAUUGGUUUCUAUCUCACGGUGAGCCGAGAUUUCCGGGUUUUUCCGAAUCCAGGGUCCUGUCAAAAAAAAUGAGAGGCGUAAAUCGGUAUGUUCGUAAUCUACGAUCAGCCUUUUCUCAAAAAACACACCAUCAAACGGAUGUUCUUCGACGAGGGCAAAGGCAAAAGCAAUUGGUUCAUACCAAUUCUGAGUCCUUUUUUAUUGUCAAAUCAGAUAAAUUCCGAAGCCCAAAAUAUUUGAACUUAAGAGCUCUGUCAGUUGACGCAGCUAAACUUUGUAAUGGAGAUUAUAACGUGGCAGGGCCACUCGUCGAGUAUGAACGUAGAAUAGCUGCUGGUGAGCUUGUGGAUGGUGAUAGCUGUCAGGUGGGCACCCUGAGGGAACUUCAGAGACUCUAUGACGAACUUGUUAAUUCAGCUGAAGCGUGCCGGUUGGAUAGAUAUGCAGUAUCAGAAAAAUCAGGAAGGAGUAGGUGGUUGUGGUCUCGCUUCAUUCCUCAGUCAUCCUACUCUCCAGUUAAAGGUCUAUAUCUCUAUGGAGGAGUAGGCACUGGAAAAACUAUGUUAAUGGACUUGUUUUUUGAUCAGUUACCCAGCAAUUGGAGGAAAAAGAGGAUCCAUUUUCAUGACUUCAUGUUGAACGUUCAUAGUCGUUUGCAGCGGCACAAGGGUGUUGCUGAUCCACUUGAAGUCGUUGCAGGAGAGAUUUCAGAUGAGGCAAUUUUAUUAUGCCUAGACGAAUUUAUGGUGACAGAUGUGGCUGAUGCAUUGAUAUUAAAUCGUCUGUUUGGACAUCUUUUUAGCAAUGGCGUUAUCCUUGUUGCAACAUCAAAUCGUGCUCCAGAUAAACUGUAUGAAGGUGGAUUACAGAGAGAUCUUUUCCUGCCCUUCAUUUCCACAUUGAAGGAAAGGUGCGUGACUCAUGAAAUUGGUUCAGCAACUGACUAUCGGAAAAUGACUUCGGCAGAGCGAGGUUUCUACUUCGUUGGAAAUGGCGCAUCUACCUUUCUUAAGCAGAAGUUUCAACAAUUGAUCGGUAAAAGUAUAGCUCGCCCCCACGAGGUGGAGGUAGUGAUGGGCAGGAUUCUGCAAGUUCCAUCAGGAGCAAAUGGAUGUGCGUACUUCCCUUUUGAGGAACUCUGUAACAAACCGCUAGGAGCUGCAGAUUACUUCGGGUUGUUUAAAAAAUUUCACACCCUGGCAUUGGAAGGUAUCCCAAUAUUUGGACUCCACAACAGAACAUCAGCAUAUCGCUUUGUCACUUUGGUUGAUGUGAUGUAUGAAAAUAAAGCCAGAUUACUGUGUACAGCCGAAGGAAGUCCUCGUGAACUUUUCGAAAAGGUUGUAACCAUCUCUGAUGCUCAACAAAUUGCACCUAGAACCUCGGCACGGUCGCAGAAAAAUGAUGUUUCCGAUCUCUGUGUUGACAAUGAAUUGGGUUUCGCCAAAGACCGUACAAUUAGUAGAUUAACAGAGAUUAACAGCAAAGAAUACCUGGAACAACAUGCUCAACUUGUAGCAGAGAAGCGAAAAUGGCAAGAAGACGACAACCAGGAUGCUUUGCAAUCAUGAUUUGUGCUUCUGCAUCUUCGCGAUUAAGCAUAUAUCAUUUUUGUUGCUGUACUUCACUAUUUUAAAUUGCUAAAAUUAUAUAUUUACUGAUGAGAAAUAAUGAUAUGUAAAUUGAAACUUUUCUUUUUAUACAAACUAAGAAGAGUGUUACCCACAUAUUAGGAUGCAGAUUGAAGAAUUGGAACAUUUUAUUAUAAAGGGGAAUUGUGUAAAUAUGAAGUUUGGUAUAUGUAGGAUAAUUGUCGACCAA